CACCCUACAAGUGGAAGAGGACGGUUGACCUUUCACGGCUCUACUGGAUUCGGGGAGCACGGUGACCUUAGCCCACAUUCAUGACCAGAGUGGCUAAAAGAAGAGGAACAAUCGCAGUAACAUGUUUGCAUGGUGAUGUGCAUCUGGUCCCUGCUGCAGAAAUACAGAUAAAAAGCCACACCGGUACAUGGCCCCUCCUUGUGGGCCUGAUCCCGGAGCUGCCAGUCCCACUACUUCUCAGGAGGGAUUAGCUAGGGUUCCCCACAGCCACCAGGGUUCACCGGAAGAAGAAGCCGCCUACAGCAACGCGGGUCCGGCAGGCCUACAUAGCCCAGGAAGGAGGGAAUGCCAGUACAGAAGGUGUGUGUCCCACCCCACGCACCACCACGGCCCUCACGUGUGUGUUGCGUUGUUUCCCGUGCGAGCCGUCUUGGGCCGGCAGCCCCUUCGUGCAGUGCACCAAGCCCGCCUAUGCUCACCAUGACGCGCUCCAAAACCUUCCAGGCUUACCUUCCCACCUGUCACCGCACUUACAGCUGCAUCCACUGCCGUGCACACCUCGCCAACCACGACGAGCUCAUCUCUAAGUCCUUUCAAGGAAGUCAAGGCAGAGCCUAUCUUUUCAACUCUGUGGUGAAUGUAGGUUGUGGUCCAGCAGAAGAGCGAGUGCUCCUCACCGGCCUACACGCAGUAGCAGACAUCUACUGUGAGAACUGCAAAACUACACUGGGUUGGAAAUAUGAGCAUGCCUUUGAGAGCAGUCAGAAGUACAAGGAGGGUAAGUUUAUCAUCGAGCUGGCCCACAUGAUAAAGGACAAUGGCUGGGACUGAGGUGUGAGGGAGCUGUGAUGGAGAAUGGAUGAACCAGUUCAGAUGCUGGCUGUGUGGGUAAACAAGUGACGCUGGUUUCAUGUCGCCUUCUCUCUUGUAUUCUAUUUAACAUUUCUCCCACACACACACAAACACUCCUAGUUCCAGGGUUGCAGGUGUACAGUCAGGGGUUCUGAACAAGGUACAGAGGAGGAACAGUGUGUGUGUGUGUGUGUGUGUGUGUGUGUGUGUGUGUGUGUGUGUGUGUGUGCAUCCCAGCUGAAUGAAUGAACAUGUGAAUAUGUGAACACAUCCAAUAAAUGGUGUGUAGACAUGUACACUCGCCUAGAUAUAUACACCAAACUAGUUACUUGCAUGUCCCAACCAUGUUAGCCCAAGACAACCCAGUGUGUUCAUGUGCAUCUGGGUUCCAAACUUGGCAGGGCCGUGGGGUCACAGAGUUAAAGAGUCUAUAUAGGAAAGUGCUAAGGUGAUUAUCCCAAGUCCAGCUGAGUUUGGCCACUGCCAGCUUGGGCCAAUAUGACGGGUCUCUGAAUGGGCCUCUGAUGGAGCCAACCAAUGAAAGAGGCCCAUAUGAGGGGUAAAACCAGUCAUAUUGGCAGGCAGAGCUUUCUAAUGAGACUGCCCUGUCUCACCGUUUAUAAGACACUAACAUCUGAUCCAUUCUGAGUAGCUCUCCUUUGCCCUUACAUACAAAACAGAAUGUUAACCAGUGUGUGUAUAUAACUGGAUACACUGUGUUUUAUUCGGACCUAAUAACCUGCAUUCAGCAUUAGCCGUUAGCCGCCUGUGCUAUUCCUGCUUUUGCUGUGUGAUGAUAUUUUUAGGAAUUACCGCUGGGCACGAGGACGAGGUUUUCAGAGCUUUCUCACAGGACGUGCAGAAACUGAGGUAAAAUACUGGAAUACUGCCUCCUCCUAGCAAGCAUUUUUAGAGAUUUAACUCCAGAGAUUAAAGCCAGUUAGCAGUGACACCUUGUUGGUGUCUCCACGUCAACCAAAGAACCCGUCCACCUAUAAUCAGUUACACGAACAGUCGGUAGGCUGUAGUGACAUGAGAGGCCCAGGCUUUGCCAGGCACUCGCGGUGACCAACAUCACCAGCUGCAGCGUGGCACAAACACAAAAUUUCCAAAAACAACGAACCAUUUUCUUUCAUUCAUUCAUCUAUCCAUAUGUAGUGUGUGCAAAAGGGUUUAGUGAAGUAAAAUCUAAAUACAAGGAUGUGGCAGAUAAGUAAUAUUUUCUAGGCCAAUUAUAUUACUCGUACUUCCAAUAAGCAGCACAAAGGCAUAUCACAAACAUGACAUAAAUGUGUAUCUUAGUUGUGUGAUGCAGCUCUCUGGCAACAAGUAUUUUGAGUUGUCUAAGCACUCACUCAGCACUCCUUAUAUACAUCUGGUAUGGGUGGAGCUGGGAUAGAUGUGGCCAGGGGUGUAACCUGGCCUGCGCAUUCAGGGCUGUAACCCUCGAAGAUUUUUUCUUUAGCCCCGAAUAAUUCUCCUCUUGGAGCGGUUUGUCACUACGGAACUGAACGUCAGUAAAAGAAGACGGUGGUGUUGUAAAUUUAUAUCUUCACUGAACGGAGGCGAGACCAAUCAGACAGGGUUUACAGGAAAAUACGUGGAUAUACUCGUGUCUUAUUGGCUGACAGUCUCUCAAUUCUGCCAAACGCUAGCUCACACAGUCAGUGUGAGGAAAAAUUGAUAAACACCAAUAUUUUGAUUGAUUGAUUGAUUGAUUGAUUGAUUGAAACUGAAACAGUAACAUCCUCUGAUGCUGAGCAGGAAAACAAGGUGUGUAAAUGUCUAUAUGAGUUCCAGUUUACGUGAACAUGAUAUGAACAGAGCAUAAGGAAAGCACUGUAGCAGCUAAACCCAUACAAUGAUUAUGGCUUAGCUGUGCUUCCCCUUGGCUAGAGACACCAAACUAGCAUAGUUAAAAAAGUUUUAUAUUCAAGUUUUAUCAGUCUGGUUGUCCUACAAACAGUGACAACACCCGAGGCAAGUUUUAUUAUAAAUCCAACUUUUUCUGAUCAUGUCAUACAUUGACAGCUAAGUUACCACAGCUUCCAUCAAACAAAACUUAGACUACUAGCUGAGCUGGAAAAAAUGCAAGAAAACAAAAAUGCAUGGAAACAGUCUUAUUCAUAAGAACGGUUUUAAACGUUUGUUUGUUUUUUUUUAUGGAGAAGAAUCUGGGCUGAGCCCCGGAUGAUUAACAGUCCAGCUAACGCCCCUGGAUGUAGCCACCAGUUCCAUAUGCUGUUGAACUAUAAUCAUAAAAUCCCAUACAGUAUCAUAUGUAUUGCUGUCAUUGUUGUGCAUUUCCAGCAUGCAUUUUGUUCACUCCUAUUAAUCAUGAACUCAUCAAAUUAUCCAAUGAUUACCAUAAAGCUCCAAGUUUGUGUGAUGCCAGAUACCAAAUGACCAAAAUGAGUUGAGAUCAUGAAAAUACCAAUAAUGCUGCAUGUGACAGUCUUUGUGUACACAGAUGAAGAUCAGGGUUAAGGAGUUAAAAGGCCAGCUUUUGUCUCUUACGGUGAAAUGCAUUAUUUCUUAUUGUAAAUGACAGAUAUUAAUAUAUUUCAGCACUUACAUGUAAUGAGAGGCAUCACUAUUUAGGUUGAUCUGUGUGUUUCAGAGUGUAAAUAUACAUGUAUGGUUUGUUAUUUAUGACUGAAUAUCAUACUGUGCUUUCUGUCUGGAGCCCUAAUUGGGUGUGCAAUAUUUGCAACGUUUUUUCUUUCUUUUUGUUUUUUUGUUUGUUUGUUUUUUACUCUUGAAAAUGUUUCAAGCUUAGUGUCUUUUAUAAAUUGUUGACUAUAUAUUAACUACCGCUGGAGAUUGAUCUAAAUUAAAAUAAAAGAUAUGGCAAGUUGCCUUGUUUGUUGUGGGGUUUAUUUAUUUAUUUUUUUAGAUACUCCAUGUAGCACAUAAUCAUAUAAAUCAUAUUUUCACCUCGGUUUCUUUGGGCCUCAGCAUGGCUUAUACCUUAUAUCUUAUACUAUUAGUGGAAGCCAUUCGAUGUAAAUGAUGAGAAUGGAAGAAAACUGUGGCUGUGCUCCACUCCAAUGCUGUCUGCUUUUGCGAGGUUCUCCAGGCUCUUGUUUACAGCCGCACAUGUCCCGGGCUUGCUCCGAGUUGCACUGCAGAUCAGGUCUCCUAGCAACUGGGUUUCUCUAUUCUCAAGUUGCGGAGGAGGAGUGUGUGUGUGUGUGUGUGUGUGUGUGUGUUGAGAGAGAACUGGCGUUAUUCAUUGUCUGGGUCCAGUAUUAUCAGGCGUACACAGACACAGCUCAGAAACUGAGGCCUGUUUGACGUCUGUGGGAAGGAACGUGGGUGAUGUAUUUGCUCUUUAUUUCAUCAUGCCAUCUGUGAAGGGUGAGAGAUGAAUGGUGAGGGCUCUCAGUGUUAGAUGAGGGAUGUGAAGGUUUAGCAUCAAAUCCACAAUGAGUGUGGGGUGGUUGGUUGUUUUUUUUUUUCCUAGCCAGUCAGACACUAUAGGAUGAAUGUAUCCAUAUUUGUAAUCCAUUAUGAAAACACUGACUCUAGCAGUAAUUACAGCUGUAAGGUUUCUAGUGUUUGAUGCUACAAGCUUGGAAGACCUACAUUUGGAGAUUUUCUUACAUUUCUCUAGAGAAGUUCUCACUAUUUUCAGAUCCCUCCAGAGAUUUUCAGUAAGGUUCAAGUCUCGACUGGGUCACUCAAGGACGUUGACCGAAGCCACUUCAGCAUUGUCUUGGUUGUGUGUUUUGAGUCAUUCUCAUGUUGGAAGGUGAACUUUCACCCAAACCUGAGCAAGCCAGCGGUAACAAUGGGAACUGAAAAACUGUCUGAGACAAGAUGAGGGAAAAACCUAGAGAGGAACCAGACUCAGAAGGGAACCCAUUCUCUUUUAGGUUUUAAAAAGAUUAUAAAUCGUUAGUGUACAGAUAUAGAAGAGAAAAGUCAAACCAUAUUAAGUGUGUUGAAAGGAUGUUCAGUAUUAGCAUGUAGUGAAUAGGAGUCCUGGGAUGAGCAUAGAUUAUAGUUCUUGGGAACAAGUCUACAGUUGCCUUGCCUUAGAUUAUUUAUUAAAGCAAGGGUGAGACUUGGGCAUAAACUGUAUCCAUGAAAAACCUCCCCACAUCAGCACAGUACCAUCACAUUACACAUUACAGUGCUUCAGCGUAGGAAUGGAAGUGGUCAGUUGAUGAGCCUGGUUUCCUGUAGAUGUAGCGCUUAGAUUACAAGCCACAGUGUUCAAUCUUGGUUCAUCAGAUCAUAGAAUCUUGUUUUUCAUGACCAGAGGAGCAGUACUCCAAGUGAAUAAUAAUAAUUCCUUAGAUUUAUAUAGCGCUUUACUAGGCA